GCACGAGUUGGCAUGCUUCUGUUGCCUCGUCUUACCUCACAUGCCAUGAGCUGCGAUCUCUUGCUUGCAUGUAGACGUCCUGCUGCGUGACUGGGCCACCAUGUCCAGCCGUGCGUUUGUUAUUGUUGAGUCGCUUGGAACUCAACAAUUCAUGACGUGGCUGAAGCUCAAACUGCAAAGCCUUCUUUUUCUUCGCUGUGAACUCUGGGCUCUCAGGGGAGAAUCACCUCCCCAGACAUGAGGAUGGAUCCUGCUGGCUGUCUGUUUCUUACUUUAAAACCACAGAACAACGCCGGCUUGGACUCGCUUCAGGCUUUUGUUCUGCAUGCUGACCAAGGCCUGAGCGCUUCCAUGGAGCGGCAGUCUAUCACCUCUGGCUUUUCCGGGCCGGCACCUCGACCAGGGCUCAUCCAACAUACGAACCCCUUGGCACCUCCUUGUCCGGCAGCCUCUCCGCGCAGCUUGGCGACACCUCCGGACCAAAUGGUGCAUUUAACUUGCCUUCGAGGCCCCAACACCGCGACAGCAGGCAGAUCGGACCAUUCCGGGACAGACAAGCUCGCAACCGACGAUAACGCCUCGGGACCUGCCGACGAGGACGUCGAGUCUGACCUCGAUGACAAACAGGGCAAUGACGGGGACGGUGGCGACAUCCAUGAAGAAGACGAAGAAGGAGAUGGUAGUGGUGCGGAUACCAACACCGGCAACAAAGGGGCGGCCCUCAAUGAACCCCUGAGCUGCCCAUAUCGCAAGAGAAACAGGGCGCGAUUCAACAUCCGCAAUCACAUCAGCUGCACCAAGCCCUUCAGAGACCUGAGUAAACUGAAGGCGCAUAUCAGUAAAGACCAUCACAGAGUGAUGGCCUUCCAACGGGGGGAUUUGGCUGAGGAUGUCGAAGACGGAAUCACCGAGGCCAUUGCAGCCAUACUGGUUAGAAGGAAGGGCCACCUCAAGGUGUGCACUUGGGAGAAAUUGUGCAAAACUUUGUUCCCCAGUGACACCCAUAUGCCCUCCUCACAGCAUGAACCCUGCAUACCUGCGGAAUCCCACGAGUUCAUCAAAGUCGCAACACCGGCAUGGUCUGGAGUUAAGAAUAGAGUCCCAGAGCAUGUGGCCGACGCACUCACAAGACACGGAGGGGACGUCAGCGCCAUUUCCUCGCAUCUCCAGGAUGCCAUGGACGCGGAUUACAAAGAUCUUUUCAACCGAUCCCUCCGUCACUUUGAGCGCUCAGCCCUCCAAGAGCAAACGUCUCGUUCGACAACACUGAGUCCGGACCGGAUCCGAACGAAAAAAGAAUACAGACCCAAACUGCAAACUGAGACAACUGCUACCACAGGUAUAGCUGACGAGCAUCAGACUCAACCUCAACGACGACCGUUUCUGGCGCCGAAUCCAGCUGGAGAUUACCCCUUGUGUUCUCCAUCGCUUGGUCAUUUCCUUCCCUCUCGAGCUUACCAGACUCGGCAGCAACACCGUGACCCGAGAAACACGACCGAUGCCUUCCUGUCCGUCACCGGAACCGGGUAUCAGGCCUGGUCUGUCCAAACAGCUCCUGGAACAAACAUUCUUGCACUUCCAUCACCGGUCCAAUAUUCCGUUGGUUUGGAUGACAUGGCGCCAGUCGUUCAAACCUGGCAACACGGCAAUGGAGCCGAGCAUCAAUUUCUGACGCAUAUGCGGCAUGGCCAAUCUCCUGCCACUGGCAGAUAUGCGGCACCACACUCAAGUUCAAGCGGCGGCAAUUCCUCGCAGCAGUAGCCGACUACCAUUUCAACGUCGAUGGGAACCCUUAAGGGUCAUCCACAGACACAGACAACUCUUGGGGCUCAUCCAACCGGCUCCCAUAACCCCGGGGGCUUCGCUGCUUGGCCCGGCACGACCUACGACGAUGCCGAAGG